AUGAGUCACCGAAUAGCCGACAAAGAACCGAUCAAUUGGACCCUUGACCUCAAAGACUCCGGCACUGUAAACCCAGGAAAGAGCUCGAAAAAGGACCUCGGGCUCGGACAAUGGCUUGCACUGCAUGAGCUGGGCAAUCUGCUCGUCCAGGUUCCCGUGUGGGCUCGCGGCCACCAGAUCCGCGCUCAUCUUGGUUCAAUUUUCCGAGCUCAGAAUCAGUUCACAGAGGCUUCAUUCUCGCCGCCGACCGCCGUCCGCCCCAUCCGCGUAGAGCUUCAUCAGCCCCAACUAAGAGUCAGUUUACCAAUGGAGACGAAGGAUUCAGCUCAUGGCGGUAGCCAGAUUGUGGACGUUGGUUCAGUGGCAGAGGCUGUGGCCGCCGAGAAUGUAGACGCUCCCCUCUAUCAAAUCGAGAGCCUCUGCAUGAGAUGUGAAGAGAAUGGGACAACACGGUUUUUGUUAACUCAGAUUCCACAUUUCAGAAAGAUAUUGUUAUCAGCUUUCGAAUGCCCCCAUUGUGGUGAGAGGAAUAAUGAAGUGCAAUUUGCGGGGGAAAUCCAACCUAAAGGUUGUCAUUACUUGCUGGAAGUUCCAUCAGGUGAUCAAAAGAUGUUCAAUCGCCAAGUUGUGAAGUCAGAAACAGCCACAAUUAAGAUACCUGAAUUGGAAUUUGAGAUCCCUCCCGAGGCUCAGCGUGGGUCUUUAUCAACAGUUGAAGGAAUGCUGAUGAGAGCUGCGGAUGAGUUGGCAGCACUUCAAGAGGAGCGGAAGAAAGUGGAUCCCCAGACAGCUAAAGCCAUCGAUGAGUUCUUGGUAAAACUGAGAGCUUGCGCAACUGCUGAAUCAAGUUUUACCUUCAUUCUUGACGAUCCUGCUGGAAAUAGUUUCAUUGAAAAUCCGUAUGCCCCGGUGCUUGAUCCAUCAUUGACGAUUAAGUUCUUUGAGCGAACACCUGAACAGCAAGCUGCCUUAGGUUACCUUGUGGACCCAUCUCAAGAAGAUCCAAGCACAGGUAAUACUUUAGAGGAAAAAACUGAUGCUCCUCAGAGGCAACAGGAACCACAUGGUUCGGUUGGAGCAAGAGCUGGACGUCAAGCCAUUGCUCAGGGUAAUAGUUCUCAAAUUGCGGACGCCUUAUUCCGAUAUUCUGCUCCUGAAGAGGUCAUGACUUUUCCAUCAACCUGUGGAGCUUGUGCUGCCCAAUGCGAGUGCCGCAUGUUCAUUACAAAUAUUCCUUACUUCCAAGAAGUGAUUGUUAUGGCCUCCUCUUGUGACGCUUGUGGUUACCGUAACUCAGAGGUGAAGCCCGGUGGACGUAUUCCUGAUAAAGGGAAAAAGAUCAUUGUUCAUGUGAAGAACAUAAAAGAUCUCAGCCGAGAUGUUAUAAAGUCUGAUACAGCCACUGUAAAAAUACCGGAGCUUGAUUUAGAACUGGCCAGUGGUACAUUAGGUGGACUUGUUACGACUGUUGAAGGUUUAAUAUCCAAGAUUAGUGAAAGUCUUGAGAGAGUUCAUGGAUUUACUUUUGGCGAUAGUCUGGAUGACUCCAGAAAGAGCAAGUGGAAAGAUUUUAGAGCAAAACUUGAUAAGCUGAAAAACUUGGAUGACCCAUGGACUCUGGUUAUUGAUGAUGCUCUGUCAAAUUCCUUUGUUGCCCCUGCAACCGAUGAUAUUAAGGAUGACACCCAGUUAACAUUCGACGAAUACGAGAGAUCUUGGGAGCAAAAUGAAGAAUUGGGUCUUAACGACAUGGAUACAUCUGCAGCAGACAUUGCUUACGAUUUCCACUAA